AUGAUGGACGUUUCACAGAUGUCGGAAGAGGAGCAGCUGCAAGCCGCCAUGCGGCUUUCGCUGGAAGUUUCGGGACCGGCUUCUGAAACAGCGAAGCUGCGACCCAGCCAGCCCAAGCCCCGCAGCUUUGCAGGCAAAGAUCCUCAGGAUGUACUUCCUGCCCUGUUGCCUGCCACCGCGAAGAAGAAGCGUGGAGAACCGCGGGCUGAAGCUGGCGAAGCACAACUGGAGGAGGCCGAGGUGGCAGACUUGCUGCAGCUGCUCUUCGGCGACAGCCCAGAGGCCUCGGAUGUUGAGCGCUGGCUGAAUAUUGGCUUCAAUUGGAGCCAGCGUGCGGGCACUGAAUGGGGCCUUUGGCAGAAGCGAGGCGGUCCCUGUGGUGUUUUCGCGCCCGUACAGGCUUUCAUUGUCAAGCAGCUGCUCUUUAGCUCAGAGGGUGAUGUGCCUGACACCCGCCGGAAGGAGCAGCCACUGGGCAGCGCCGGAGCCGACGAUGAGGACACCCGUGCGGCUGUUCUGGCACAUGCCCUGGCAUGCGUUUUGUUUCAUAGCACUCCGAGCUCAUCCUACAUCAUUUGCCAGGUACGCCCCAGCGCAGAGGGCGACGGUCCGGAGGCACAAGCGGUGCAGGCGGCAGCGCCGGCAGUAGUGGCGGCAGGUGACGGCGCCAGUGCCCUGACGGUGGUGGCUCGGCGGACGCCGCGGGUUGCAGAAGCACGGCAACUCUUGGAAGAAGGCGCAGACAGCUGGUUGGCUGGGAGCCUGGGGGUGGUGAGCUUCCUUUUCUCUGUGCUCAUAAGCCGCACAGCCUCCACAGUCAGAGAAGACAUGGAUGACCCGAGCACGCCCUUGAUAGGGCGCUUUGGGCAUUGUAGCCAAGAAUUGGUCAACCUCAUGCUCAUCGGCGAGGCCACAUCGAAUGUUUUCGAUGGCACACGAUGGCUGGGAGACGAUCCUUCAACUGGUUUUCGGUUGAGGGGCGUGGACAGUGAGCACGUGGGGGUGCCACAAGUUGGCUUCCUCAGCGAGAUGGAGCCAAUGAGAUACCUGAAGGUUGGCAUGCUCUACAAGAAUCCAGACUUCCCCCUGUGGGUCCUGGGCUCCCCAACGCACUACACCAUGAUUUUCUCCACUCGAAGGGAAGACGCGCAGCUGAGUGAAGAGGCGCAGCUGGAGCAUCAAAUCAAGCAAGUCUUUGUCGAUAACUCAAUCGACGAGGGCGGCCUUGCCAUGUCCACGAGCUUGAGUAAGAUGCUCGAAGCUCUGGGAAUUGAGGGCAAGCAUCUUGAGGCCCAGCAGGACAUGGUCCGCGAGGAAGUCAUCCUGUGGGAGGAUUUUCGGCGUUGGGUCAGUAGACAAUUCAAUGUGACUUCUGGAGCUGACGGGGCGGCCAGCAACAAAAUACAGCUUUUUCUCUACGACGGUCAGGAUCCGCCUGGACCAUCGCUGAAGUCUGUGCGGGUGGAGCUCAGUGACAUUGACCCCGCCUUGGCGUCUGGUGGCUCGGAGGGAGAUGCCUUUGUGGCGACGCUUCACACGCGAUGGCCAAAUGCGGCGGUCUUGGUUGAGAACAGGUGA